UUCUUACCCUCUCUCUACGCUCUUGAACUCUUGUAGUAAUUAUCUACAUAAAGCUUCACAAAAUGCUAACUCAGUAGAGGAAGAAAGAUUCAUCGAGAAAAACGCGUUUUCUGAUAAUGCGGUUGCGUUUUCCGAUGAAACCCGCGGUUCUACCGUUCCUCGUCGUCUCUCUGGUGUUCCUCUCUCGGUCCGCCGUCGGAAUACGGAACAUUCCGGGAAGAAUCGCCGGUUUCGACAUCGUACAGUUCGUGGAAGCUCCGGAGUACCGAAACGGCAAGGAGUGCGCGUCCCAAUCGUCGAACAGAGAGAACUUCGUGUCGUCCUGCGACCCUUCCCUCGUCCACGUGGCCAUGACCCUCGACUCGGAGUACCUCCGCGGCUCAAUCGCAGCCGUCCACUCCGUUCUCCGCCACGCGUCGUGUCCCGAGAACGUCUUCUUCCACUUCAUCGCCGCCGAGUUCGACCCGGCGAGUCCGCGCGUCCUGAGCCGACUCGUCCGGUCGACGUUCCCGUCGCUGAGCUUCAAAGUCUACAUUUUUCGGGAAGACACGGUGAUCAACCUCAUCUCGUCGUCGAUCAGGCAAGCCCUCGAGAGCCCGUUGAACUACGCGCGGAACUACUUAGGAGACAUCCUCGACCGGUGCGUCGACCGGGUCAUCUACCUCGACUCGGACAUCAUCGUGGUCGACGAUAUCACCAAGCUCUGGAACACGACGUUGACCGGGUCGAGAGUCAUCGGGGCUCCGGAGUAUUGUCACGCUAACUUCACUAAAUACUUCACCUCGAGUUUCUGGUCCGACCCGGGUUUGCCCGGGUCGUUCUCGGGUCGGAAGCCUUGCUACUUCAACACGGGUGUGAUGGUGAUGGAUCUCGUGAGGUGGAGGGAAGGGAGCUAUAGAGAAAAGAUCGAAACUUGGAUGCAGAUACAGAAGAAACGAAGAAUCUACGAUUUGGGUUCGUUGCCUCCUUUUCUUUUGGUAUUCGCGGGGGACGUUGAAGCGAUUGAUCACAGGUGGAACCAGCAUGGUUUGGGAGGGGACAAUGUACGAGGAAGCUGUAGGUCUUUGCAUAAAGGACCGGUGAGUUUGUUGCAUUGGAGCGGGAAAGGGAAGCCCUGGGUUAGGCUUGAUGAGAAGAGACCGUGUCCUUUGGAUCAUCUUUGGGAGCCGUAUGAUUUGUAUGAACAUAAGAUUGAGAGAGCUAAAGAUCAGUCUUUUCUUGGGUUCUCUUCUUUGUCCGAGUUAACUGAAGAUUCAAGCUUUUUGUAAGAGUGUAUGUGUUAGAUGUCAGAUUUGACUUUGCAUCUCAGGAGUUGUAAAGAGAAAGCCUUCAAUGUCCGUGAUGAUGAAGCUAAAGUGGAGUAAAUGAAGGAGACUGGAGAAGAAGCGUUACAUUAUUUGAAUCUGGUCUUUUUUGGCAUUAAAGGCUUGGUUCCUCGGGCAUGCAAGUUUUCAAACUGAGCACACAAUUUAUGGGGACUGUACAUACCUUUAAGUCUAGUCUCACCACCAUAAUACAGUCAACAUUUGUCAAACUUCACCAUUAAACUUCCCUAAAAGACUCAUCUUAAACUGCAUGAUUUGGGCUGUUACUGGGCUGGUGUAGGUUAGGCUGGGGUAGGCGUACAGCGUACUUAUUCAGCGUACUGAAUUAUAACCAAUGUUUUGGUUUAGUA